AUGUGUUUGAAAAGACCAACUACACAGCAUAUAAAUCAGCCUUUCUCAGAGGAUUCACAGAGAGACAGUGAAAUGGCAGGUGUUGUCCACCGCCACCACCACUUUUCCAGGAGAGGAUACCGUCAAAGGGUGUAUGUUGAACGUACCAAGCCACUGGAGCAAUACACCACUGAGGAGCAGUAUGUCUGGUUUCGCUUUGGGAAGGCUGAUAUAGAGUACCUUGUGAACCUUCUCAGGCCAAAACUUCAACACAGAACCCAAAGGAGUCACGGUCUGUCUGUGGAAGACCAGAUCCUCAUUGCUCUCCGAUUUUAUGCAUGUGGGACUUUCUAUCAAGUUGUUGGUGACUAUAUGGGAGUGGUGAAAUCAGCUGUGUGUGAUGUGGUGAGAGAUGUGUCAAUCGCACUGGCCAGCCUGGUCAAUGAAUUUGUUUCUUUUCCAAAGGACAACCAGAUUGCCCAGGCCAAGCGCAGCUUUUUUCUUUUGGGGAAUAUGCCCAAUACUAUUGCACACAUAAUCGACUGCACACAUGUGCAUAUACAAGCACCUCGUGAGAAUGAAUGGGAGUUUAUAAACAGAAAGGGGAGGCACAGCAUCAAUGUCCAACUUGUGUGUGAUGCUGACCUCAUCAUCACCAACUGCGUUGUCAAGUGGCCUGGGUCUGUCCAUGAUGCACGCAUCCUGAGGGAGAGCGCUCUAUAUAGAGACCUCCAAACCAACCGACCGGAUGGCAUAAUAUUAGGAGACAGUGCCUACCCACUCCUACCAUGGCUGAUGACUCCUUUUCUAACAGCAAAUACACCGGCGCAGGCACGCUUCAACACUGCUCAUUGCAGAGCAAGAUGUGCAAUUGAGCGUUUAAAUGGAGUUCUUAAGAGGCGCUUUGCAUGCCUUAACUACCUGAGAGCGGAACCACAGAAAGCAUGCAACAUAACCCUUGCCUGUAUUGUCCUGCACAACAUCGCUACUAAGCGCAAUGUCCCUCUCUGUGCUGACAAUGAUGCACCUGAGCCCCUUGGAGACCCUAACCAACCUCCUGCAUUCUGCCAGAACGCAAACAGGAUGUGCAACAAAGGACGCAAUGGUUAG